UGCAACGUUCUAAUUGCUGUAAUGCUAAUAAAUGCAAGUUCCAAUGAAGAAGCUGCUCGUUUUAGUAAUGCUAAUGUAACAAAUAAAUUAAUCCAUAAUAAUAUAUGUACCACAGCGAAAAAUUCUACAAGAUCGAGUCGCCUGCACAAUACCAUUGUCAGCGAACUGUACCGAAUGGCAAAUAAAAUAAAAGAGACUGCUACUGUAGGGUGUCAUGUGUAUGAUAGCGUCGGCACAUUGGCACAAAAAUUGAGUGCAACGCAAAGUAUUUGCUGGUGUCACCUGCGAAAAGACCAAGUAAAGUGCGUGAAUUGUCAAAGGGCUGCAGCUGCCGCCGCGACUACGACAACAAUGGCGACAAUGACGACGAUGACCACCAAAGUCGCGGCUGGUAGCAACGAAAGCGCUAUUGCUGAUAGUGAUAUUGAAGAUGAUGACUGUUCUGAUUCUAAUUGUGAUUCCGAUUCGGAUACGGCCGAGAUAGGCAAUGUUACGGUUAAUGAAGGCGGCGAUGCCAGAUCGUACAUUGAUUGUAAGACAGUUACGGAGAAUGCAUUUGUCGAUAACGAAGUGACAACGGUUUUGAAUGGUGCUAAAUUUAGUAAAAUAAUGAAUAUAUUUCAAAGUAAUAUUAAUAAUGCUGCUAGUGAUUCUAAUAAAUGCAAAGAAGCAUUUGCAAAUGCUUAUGUUAAUAAGAAUUAUGGGAAAACUGCUUAUAAUAAGGAUAAACGUAAUAGUAAUAGUGAUAAUAUAGUGUUUAGUGAACGUAGUCCAAAACUCGCAACUAUAAAUUUAAGCCAAAAUAGUAGUAGUCGUAGUAAUUUAAUUGAAUGUAGUAGUGAAGAAACUAAAUCUAAUGUGCAUGGUACAAAAAGAAAUUCGACGCUAACUGACGAAGCGAUACGUAGCAAUGAGUUUUGCGCACAAAGUGACACUUUUGCUUCAGCGCGUGCGCAACUGCUUACCUUCUGGCUGGCAUUUGUUGCUUUUUGUGAUGCGGUCACCAUUAAACAUGACGAUCCGCGCCUCAAAGAUGCACGGCGACGUCAAGAACAGGAGAAAUCCAGCGAAGAGCAACAAAAGAAAUCAACAGAGUCGCAAACGCUGCCUGGCAACGAGAAUGAUACUACUACCAAAGCAAAGCCGACGCGACAUUUAAAGUUGCUGACCAAUCGCAAGCUAAUAUUUCUGUUUGUUGUCUGUGUGUUUUUCUCCUGCUUGAAUCGCAUUGAAGGCCGUCCGAAUAGUUUGCCGCAACAAAAUGUGAUUACCGAUGGUUCGCCCGUCACUUUACCGACCCCAGCGGCUGUUGUCGCUGCUACAACCUCAAAAGCGGCCAGGCAGGACGAAAGCGGUGCAACAACUGCACGUUUGUCGGGCGGUGCUGGUGACAGUGAAGGCAAUAAAAUUGUACAACAAACGAAAACGAACGCAAUAGCACCAGAACCUACACCAAGUGAAAAGCCAAAGGAAGUCGAUACACAUAGACCACCGAUAAUGAUUUCAGCACAUGACGACGAUGAUCCAUAUGCGCACAGACCGGAGCGCUAUCCGCUCUCGCAAGUUGAUUUUGACAGAGUGAAAACGCCAUUUAUAAUCGGCAUUUGGAUAUUAUCAGCGAGCAUAGCGAAAAUUGGUUUUCAUAUGACACCGAAAUUGCACCUCAUUUUCCCCGAGUCGUGUUUGCUUAUAGUUGUUGGUGUUAUUAUUGGUUUUGUAUUGUAUUUCUGCACGGAUGUCGCCGUCUCACCGCUUACACCCAACACAUUCUUCUUCUACAUGCUGCCGCCGAUUAUCCUGGAUGCGGGCUACUUUAUGCCAAAUCGCUUAUUCUUCGAUAACCUGGGCACAAUCCUAUUGAUGGCUGGUAUCGGCACUGUUUUCAAUACGGCAACCAUUGGUCUAUCUCUUUGGGGGUGCGGUCUGACUGGGAUGUUUGGACCAGAAGUGCCACGGUUUUUGGACACUUUCCUCUUCGCUGCGCUCAUUUCUGCUGUUGAUCCUGUAGCUGUUUUGGCAGUUUUCGAAGAGAUCCACGUUAACGAGGUGCUGUAUAUAGUGGUGUUUGGCGAGUCGUUGUUGAACGAUGCUGUGACAGUCGUAAUGUAUCAUAUGAUGGAAGUAUACAACGAAAUCGGCAUAUCAAAUAUAAUAGCUCAAGAUAUUGCUAGUGGUGUAGGUUCAUUCUUUGUUGUUGCCAUUGGCGGUACUGUUAUUGGCAUCAUUUGGGGCUUCCUUACUGGUUUGGUGACGCGUUUCACCGAUCAUGUGCGCGUGAUUGAACCGAUAUUUAUCUUCGUAAUGGCAUACUUGGCAUACCUCAAUGCGGAAAUAUUCCAUAUGAGCGGUAUUCUAGCUAUUACCUUCUGUGGCAUCACAAUGAAAAACUAUGUUGAAGCGAAUAUUUCACAAAAAUCACAUACAACAAUAAAAUACGCACUCAAAAUGUUAUCCAGUUCAUCUGAAACAAUCAUAUUCAUGUUCCUUGGUGUAGCAACAGUCAACAAUAAUCACGUGUGGAAUACUGCCUUUGUGCUGUUGACUAUCACAUUUUGUUCGGUGUAUCGUGUGUUCGGCGUUGUGAUAUUAUCUGCAUUAGCGAAUCGUUUCCGAUUGCACAAGUUGUCACGUGUCGAUCAGUUUGUUAUGUCCUAUGGCGGCUUGCGUGGUGCGGUCGCCUUUGCAUUGGUGCUGCUGGUUGAUGAGCGAAUUGUCAAGCAGAAAGAUAUGUAUGUGACAACCACAAUAGCGGUGAUUUAUUUUACCGUUUUCCUGCAAGGCAUAACGAUAAAGCCGCUGGUAAAGAUGUUGAAUGUGAAGAGAGCAAGCAAGCGGAAGCCGACAAUGAAUGAGCGCAUACACGAACGAUUCAUGGACCAUUUAAUGGCCGGAAUUGAAGAUAUAAUCGGCAAGACUGGCAAUUAUAAUGUGCGUGAUAAAUUCAAGCGAUUUGAUAACCGCUUUAUUCGGCCGCUGGUAAUCAGAGACCUAAAGGGUGCUGAACCUAAAAUCAUUGAAACCUAUUCGAAACUCACGAUGCGUGAUGCUAUGGAGGUAAUGCGUCGUAAUCCAUCAACCAUCGGACAAAUAACGGCCACCGAAUCGAUGAGUGCACUAUUUCGAAAUUACACCAGUAAUUGUAUUGGUGGAAGGUGGGCACCGCCAACUAUUUACACAACAUGUCCAAGCCUUACCAAUCUGGACAAUAGUUGCUCACGAAAUCUUGAUAUGCAUGAGCUGGACUACAAUCCGUCGAAGAAGGAUCUUACAGAUGCAAAAAUACACCAUCUGCUUGCCGAGGAGCUGAAACCAUAUAGAAGGGCAUCGAUGCAAAUGCACCGCCGCCUUAGUUAUAGCCGACACGCAGUAGACGACAGAGAUUUGUCUACGCAGGUAAAUUACAAAAUGCAAAUGAACUUCCGACGAAUGUUCAACGAUCGGAAACAUCACAAGCGCAGCAAACGAGGCACGAGCAAGCAACCAGACGGCGUUAAACAGAAUCACGUCUCUUUCCACGACUUCCAACAGAAUGGCACAACGAAACAAUUUACGCAUGAUUAUAUUAACGAUGUUCUCAAUGAAUCAGGAGAAGAAAAUCUGGGUAAACUGAACGAGGUGACUGUGGUGAACGGCGAGGAUUGGGAUGACGGUUUGACAUUUACGGCAAAGUCUUCGCCGGACUCGGAUCGAGCCAAUAAUAAUUCACUUAUAGCGCACAUACAGAAUUUACCCGGUUUCGAUGCAUCAAAGGCGCGCAUCGUACAACAUUAUUCGACAUCAAAGAGUGAGAAUGGCAGCCCGGAGAAAUUGUUAACACCCGACGUGGGUCCGACAGCGGCCGAAUCGAUUUUGCCUUGGCGACGGGAUCGUUCCUACCAGUGCAUUGUUGCCGAGAAUCCUAUACCCGAGGAGGAUCACAAUAUCUCACGUGAUUCAGAUGGUGAACGGCGUGUAGCAACACCUACCGCUACAGAAUCGCAGUUGCCGUGGAAACGGCAAGGAGACGAACUGUCAGACGCAGUGCAGCAGAACGAAUUCCCCGCUUGGGCUUCGAAUAAGGAGUAUUUGGCAUAUAAUUCGCCCAGCGCCACAUUUUUGGGUGGCAUAAACAAACCUAAACAGCCCAAGUCUGUCAUAGGUUUAUUCCGACGCGAGAGUUGCGGCUCGAGGGGCGGCAGCAGUCUGGGCGAUCCUACAGAUGGCGCUGGUUCAGCACGUGGCUCAGACCCCACACUGGCAAAUGCAUUGAUUAGCGGCCUACCGCUGAUGCCAUUAAUACAGCCGCCGCAUGCGAAUCCCCGUCUUGAUAAGCGCUCACAAUCGAUUUCGGUCGCCACAUCCGGCGGCCAUGGUGGCAUCGGUAUUAAUAUUGGCGAUUUAGCACAUUCGGGCCCCUUCCCCGUAACGGCCAGCCAUAGGCGCAAUGUGCGGCGUGGCUCAAUGUUGGAGUUAAGUGGAGACACUAUCCCCGAGGAGACUUACCAGCACGGUCAUUCGAAGUCCUUGUGCGAACCGACCGGCGAAGAUUGGGAAAACACCGCUUUGGCCACACGCGAACGUACCAUAAGCGGCAGCAGUAAUAGCACCGGCCGUGAGCCACUUCUACCCAAAUUAACGCCACGCGCACAAAUACGCCGUAUGGGUGGCAGCAGUGGUGGUGUUGGCGGUGCUAUGAGCACGCUUGGUGGCUUGCGUAAUCAAGUGACGACCGCCCUACUCUCCACAUCGAACUCCGAAUAUGAUGAUGAUGAGGAUGAAGAUAUUGAUUUGUAUGACGAUGAGAGUAUUGUCGUCACCACUUUGACUAGCGGCAGUGGUGGUAGUGGUAGUGGCGCGCUAAAUCGUAGCGGUAGCAGUGGGAGUGGCGGCGGCAAUGGUAGUAGCGGUGCCAGUAGUAGCAGUAACAAUACAACAACCACAAUUCGGCUGACACGCAACAAUGAUGAGAGUAUCAUUUGAGAUUGUCGCCGCAAGCAAUUGCUAUAACGGCGACUUUUUGGCGAGGGCAGCAGCGAAAAGCAGCAACAACAACGUCGCCUAAAUCGUUGGGCUUUCAAGUAUGAAAUGUUACAAUGAUUAGUUGAAAUUUAAGGGUGGGUAAGUCUAAGGUUGCGAAAAUUCAAUGAAAUACUAGUUGCCAAUAAUGCCUGUUAAUUGAAGAAACACUUUGUGUAUGUAUUAGAAAUUAGUAUAAGUUUUGGAAAAUGUGGCUGGUUAAGAUAAAUUGCUUGUCAUAAGUUUAUUUUUAAGUUAGUGAAUCUAAGUGAUUUAUCGUUUGGAUUAAUUUAAAUAUUACAGCAGUUUUUUAUUAUUUUGAUUAGUUCCGUAAUUGAAAAAUAGUGUUUUUCAUUGUUCUUAUUAUUUUAUUUUAUUUUAUUUCUAAAUUAAAAAAUCAUUUUAUACAAUUUUGAUUAAUUUCGAAAUUGAAAAAUAUCAAUUUUAUACUAUUUUGAUAAAUUUCGAAAUUUCUUUAAAUCAUGACUAUUUUUGUAGCUCCGAACCAUACUUACUACGCGAGCAUCUACUUAAUUUCAAUUUUUUUCCACAAUUACAAUAUAACUUCGUGUAUAAAUUUAAAUUAGCAAAAAAAUUAAAUUUUGUUUGAAAUGCAUUGUCACAUGGUAAAUGUAUGACUUCAAUAAAAACAAAAAAUGACCACAAAAACUAUAGAACAAGAGUGUAAUUAUAGCGCCAACUAAUUCAUUUUAUGCAUUUUAUGCAGUACUUAAACACUGUGCACCUAAAAUUAUGCUUCGAUAGAAAUAUAGACAGAAAAAACGAAACGUCACCUAAUUAGCAACACUGGGCUGUGUUUGAAUAAAAUAAGUAACUACUAUAAAAAUUGUGCUAAAUAGUUUCCAGAAAAACAAACAAAAAUACUUCAGCAAUUCCAAUGCCAUAUUUUUCAUGUCUACACGAAUGCUUCUCGUUUUAAUAAUAUCUUUAAUUUAUUUAGAAUUUUUUUGAGGCUUUCAUUUGUGUACAAGAUGUAUAUACCGAGCAAACAAUAGAAAGAUGUAAAGAUUUUAAAACGUGCAGUUUUAUUUUAACAACUUGUAAAGUAUUUUAUAUGUAUGAAACUGUCAUGCAGUGUGUGACUGCAGUAAACAAAAAAAUAUGUAAAAUAGUAUGUAUAAAACAGUUAAGCUGCUGCUUAGACGUAAAAAGAACAAGCCAUAGCAAUGAGAAUCCUACCGAAAACUUCUAAAUGUGUGUAAUAUAUAUAACUAUAUGUAUAUUUAGUAUAGUGCGUAGUUGAAAAUGUAUUGAACGACGUGUCGAUAAGACAAUUAAAGCUACGGCGUGAAUGACUGGAGUUUUAAUAAUUUUUAUAACAUUUUAACAGUUGCAACUUAUACUAGUUAUACUUAAAAACCCAAAACAAGUCAAAUAAAAUUACUUAAAAAAAUAUUCUCCCAAUUGGUACAUAAAAAUUCAAGCAAAUCUUAUAACAAAACUUGGCUUUGAAAUUGAAAACAUUGUAAUAUUAGGCAUAGUGUGUGUCAGUGUACAUGUAACUGUACAUAAAAUAUUAUUUAUAAAAUAUUAUUUAUUUUCAGUGUUACCAAUUUUUUUACAAAAACACUUUAUUUGGUAAACAUUUGUACUUAAGUUUUUGUUUUAACUUAAAUUCUAUGAUAUGCGCGAGCGCUUAGAGAAGCAUAAUAUUUUCCAAAAUGUACAACUGUCAAACUUUAUAUUUGAAUUCCGAAUAUUUGAAUAUUAUAAAUUGCAAUAAAUUAUAUUUGUCAUUAUAAGCGCAAGCAAAAGAGCAAAUUUUUCACUUUAAAUUAUAAAUAUUUUAGGGUUAUUUGCCGUUGUGACUUGCAAAUAAAAAGGAAAAAUUUGCUCUAUUUUAUUUUAUUUUUUAAUAAAUUUGUAAAGAAGUGCUGCAAAGAUCUUCCUUAAAUAACAGAAUACGUAAUGUGUUAAACGUACUUAAACUUAAAAGUGUUCUUCAUUUUGAAAGUAGUUCCUAAUUUCUUUCAAUAAAAAAUAAUGUAUGUAUAGCAAAAGCAGCGUAGACUCAAAAAGUCAAUAAAACAUUUGACUAUUUUUAUUUGUUUUUAUUUUUAUUAGACAAGAGCAGAAAGUUGAAACCUAUUGCAAAAGGAAAAAUAAUUUAUGGCCGAUCUCUGGACGUGAAGAGGAGAAGGAGUGGUGUGACUGAAUUUUUAAUGGUCAUAAAGGGCUUAACUCGAUUUACGGCAAAACUACGAGCCCUGUAGAUAAAAGUCAUAUGACAAAGUUGUAGGUAAUGGAAAGAUCUACAACUUGUAUAUGAACAUCCUUUCCACAUAACCUCAGAAUGUGUGUGAGAAACCCAGAUAAGCAAAUUUUUGGAUUUUUUGUUUUUAUCUUGUACCAAACAUAAACUUAUCUUCUAUGGCCAAAAUACACUGAAAAAAUUUAUAAUUCAUACCAUCAGAAAGAAGAAAAUUCAACCAGCUUAUUUUUAUAAUUUGUUAUUACUUUUAUUAAAUUAAAAAAUAUAAUUUUAUUAUUUUUUG